AUGGUGUCAAGCACCGUGGUGGUGAGCAUCCAGGCCACACACGCAGGGGGCUCCUCAGGGCGCAUCACCUACAGCAUUGUGAGUGGCAAUGAGAAGAAUGCUUUCCUCAUCCAGCCCAGCUCAGGUGCCAUCUCGGUGCAGGACUCCAGCAGCCUGGACUUCGAAUCAAGCCCUCGGCUGCGCCUCGUGGUUCAAGCAGAGACUGCCACCUCCUUUGGCUUCAUGGCCGUGAACCUCAACCUGCAGGAUGUGAAUGAUAACUUGCCACGCUUCCAGCUGCAGAACUACGUGGCCUUUAUCUGGGAGUCACAGAGCUACGACUCCCCCGUCAUACAGGGGGAAGGAGCUGCCGGGCACUGGGGGGGGUCUCCCUGGUCAAGCUCUGAUGCUGUCUGCUGUGCUUUCGGUGGCAGGUUCCUGCUGGCGGUCGCUGUGAGUCUCGCGGGCUGGUGGUGCUCCCUAGCGCUGGGCUGGGCCCCAGAGCAGGACCAGAGUCUCCGGGUCCCUGCUGAAUGGAGCCACCUGGGCCGGGUCGCUCCCUUGGAUGAGCUCGUGUUGACCUUUGCCCUCAGGCAGCAGAACGUGGAGCAUCUGGUGAAGCUGGUGGGAAGAGUCUCAGACCCUGAUUCACCUCAGUAUGGAAAGUACCUGUCACUGGAGGAGCUGCGCACACUCGUCCAGCCCUCUCUCCUGACGCUCAGCACUGUGCACAAGUGGUUGGGGGCCUACGGGAUCAAGGGCUGCAAGACCAUUAGCACCUUGGACUUCCUAGAGUGUGUGAUGCCAGCCAGCACGGCGGAGCGUCUCCUGCCAGGAGCCCAGUUCCAUCGCUACGAGAGCGGCCAGCGCAGCGCUGUGCGCUCCCCUGUCCCCUACACCCUCCAUGAGGACCUGGCUGAACACAUUGACUUUGUGGGUGGCCUGCACCGGUUCCCUGCGGAAAGGAAGGUGGUGACCAGAGCCUUGGGGAAGGAGGAGGCGACGGCACGGUACCAGCAGAGGGCAGCUUUCCAUCUGGGUGUGACGCCCUCUGUCAUCCGCAAGAGAUACAACCUGACGGAUGGGGACAUCGGGGCAUUGCCCAAUAACAGCCAGGCCUGUGCCCAGUUCCUGGAGCAGUAUUUCCACCCGGCUGACCUGGCAGAGUUCAUGAAGCUCUUCGCAAGCAGCUUUGGGCACCGCUCCCGGGUUGACCAGGUGGUCGGGCACCAAGGGCUGGGCAAGGCGGGGCUCGAGGCCAGCCUGGAUGUGGAGUACAUCAUGAGCACAGGUGCCAACAUCUCCACCUGGGUCUUCAGUAAUGCAGGGAGGCAUGAGAGCCAGGAGCCCUUCCUGGCCUGGCUGCUGCUGCUCAGUAACAUGUCCUCGGUGCCCUGGGUGCACUCGGUCAGCUACGGGGACGAUGAGGACAGCCUGUCCUGGGCCUACAUGGAGCGCGUCAAUGUGGAGUUCAUGAAGGCUGCUGCGCGGGGCUUGACUGUGCUCUUCGCCUCAGGUGAUGCUGGAGCUGGCUGCAGAAAGCUUGCUGGAGGGAGCCACGCUUUCCGGCCCAGCUUCCCAGCCUCCAGCCCCUAUGUGACCACGGUGGGUGGCACAGCCUUUAAGAACCCCUUCCGAGUGACCUGGGAGGUGACGGACUAUAUCAGCGGCGGGGGCUUCAGCAACGUCUUCCCUAUGCCUGACUACCAGGCUGCGGCUGUCAGGAAUUUCUUGCGCUCAGCCCCAAAGCUGCCACCCCUCUCCUACUACAACAGCAGCGGCCGUGCCUACCCCGACCUGGCUGCCCUCUCUGACAACUACUGGGUGGUGACCAACCGCAUCCCCCUGCCCUGGGUGUCUGGGACAUCGGCCUCCACCCCCGUGGUAGGGGGCAUUAUGGCCCUGAUCAACGACCGCCGUUUGCAGAAAGGUCUGCCGCCUCUGGGCUUCCUGAACCCGGCGCUCUACAAACUGCAGAAGGGGCCUACUGCUGCCCUCUACGACGUCACCCAGGGCUGCCACCUGUCGUGUCUGGAUGCAGCAGUGGAAGGGCAGGGGUUCUGUGCUGGCCCCUCCUGGGACCCCGUCUCAGGCUGGGGCACCCCCAACUUCCCACAGCUCCUGAAAGCUCUGCUCAACCCGUGAUGCCGGCAGCAGGAGGAAAGGGCUGGGGCUAGAGAGGAGUACGCAGCAGGCUAAACCACAGGACCACCUCCGUUCUCGCCCCCUCCCUACUACCACAUCUAACCUGCGAUGGGGCACCUUCCUCCGAGCUGUAGGACCAAGGGGCAGGUCACUGCUGCUCCUGCUGGGCAGGGCCCAAAGGCCCCUUUACCUUACUGAGCAGGCAGCGAUUCAGGGCCUCCUGGAAAGAAACGGCUCAAGCUUCCCCCUACCUCGCCUGCUAGUGCCUCCCUCCAGUUAUCUCAGGUGCUGCUACUCUGCAGUCAGGUGUGGCAGCUGAGCUGUAGGUUCCCCUGCCUGGCCCCAGGCCCCCAGGAGGGGUGACAUGGUGGGAGCUGCUUUGGGGGAGUCCCAGGCAGGGAGGGGAGAUGCUCUCACAUGAACUUUCCUCAGGGGGAGAAGGCCCACCCUGGCCCCCACUGGCAAUAAAGGUGUUGGCUCCAGAGUGUGUCUGGUGGUGCAGCGGGGUGGAGGGAUGGGAUGGGCUGGCUGGGGGUUUGGGUGAAUAAAACCUGGCGGCUGCUAUUUGCUGCUUCAUGGACUUUGGGAAUUUCAGUCCGAGUUUUGGGAUUCCUGGGUGUCCCUUCGUUUCUCUCUGUGCUGCGCCCAGUUAUGGACAGUGUAAAGCAGAGCUGGAGAGCUGAGGCCUUUGGGUGACUGUUGGGUGCUAUGAAUGGGUCAUUAAAGGACUGGCUGAAACAA